AGCUGAAGUUCAGUGUGACUCCUACUGAUAUGCAUGGUUUGACAGUGCUUUUUCCCAUGGAUAUAUUCAUCCUCCUAGUCUAGUCAAUAAUUCUUGGUAGAGAAACUUGUCUGGGCUUGGAAGCAAAGUGGAACUGAAUUUUGUUAGUACUUUGAGGGGGAAAUGCCAGAGCUGGACUGUAAAGUCAAAUGAGCCCCUCAGAAGAAAGCAGUGGCAAAUGACGUCUGUUUCCUGUCAUGAACGCUCCAUGGAUGGAGUCACACCAGUAAGCGGGUCUCAAUAGGGCUUGAUUUUUCCAAUCCAGCUACUAACAGAAAACUUUGCUUGGUUUCAGAAAUCAGCCAGAGUCAUGCUGUUAGAGCAAUGUAAAAAUAAUAAUUCUUUCUCCUCUUCUCUUUCAUAUCCCCUACUUUAUGUUAGGCAAGGAAGCAUUUUUAGAUGAAUAUCAUCAUCCCCGAAUUAUAAGAGACAAACAUGUCCCCCUCCAGUGAGCUGUUUAAAAGUGGGCCUCUCUCUCUCUGUGCAGUCUCUUCUUCCUGGCUGUCCUGUCACAGGUGCGAAAAGGCUGCUCCUGCUGAUGCUGUUCUCCAGGCGCCUUCCCAAGCAGAGCAGGUAGGCAUCUGCAGCUGCUGCAAUGGCGUCUCUCCGACACCAGGCGGCUCCUCUGCUCCGCUGGCACCGCCUCUGAAUUUCGGCUGCACACACGGGGAGGCAGGCAGGCAGGCAGGCAGGCAGGCGAGGGAGAACGGAGGAAAUUUCCUGCUUGGUUGCGAACGAGGUUCCUGCAGCUGAGUCGGAUAGGGUGAAUGCCAGGGCGUCCCCUGCUUGCUGCUGCCGCCGCCGCCGCCGCCGUCUCAGUUCGCAACCGGCGGGGUGAGGAGGGUAUGAGGAGCCGGCGUGCCUCGAGGAGCCGAGCUGGGCGAGUCCCUGGAAGCCUAUAGCAUUGUCUUCCAUUAGAUCCAAGAUGGAAUAUUUUUGUUCAAUGUUGCUAAUUUCCAUUAAUUUUCUACAUUCCGAAGCAUUUCAUGACAAUGGAACUGCAUCACAUAAUGAAACAACAACAGAUCCCCCAAGAGAAAAUGGUCAGCCAUCACAUUUACUGACUUCAAUGCUGAUCCUGAUUUUAGUCUUCAUAAUUUUAAUUAUUUUAGCUGGCUAUUUCUUCAGGUUCCGAAGACACAGAAAAGCGGUUGUAAAUUCUACUGAUAAAAAAAUGCCAAAUGGAAUCUUAGAAGAGCAAGAACAGCAGAGGGUGAUGCUUCUCAGACAGUCUCCUUCUGGCCCAAGGAAGUAUUUUCCUAUUCCAGUAGAGCUCUUGGAAGAUGAAAUCCGGAUAAGAGCAGCUGAUGAUGGGAAGUUGUUCCGGGAAGAAUUUAAUUCAUUGCCACCUGGAUAUUUGCAAGGAUCACUUGAGAUGGCAAACAAAGAGGAAAACAGAGAUAAAAACAGAUACCCCAACAUAUUACCUUAUGAUCAUUCCAGAGUAACUUUAAUGCAGAUAGAUGGAUUUCAGUGUUCAGACUAUAUUAAUGCUUCAUAUAUAGAUGGCUACAAAGAAAAGAAUAAAUUUAUAGCUGCUCAAGGUCCUAAACAGGACACAGUAAAUGAUUUCUGGAGGAUGGUAUGGGAACAGAAGUCAGCAACUAUUGUCAUGUUAACAAAUGUGAAAGAGAGAAAAGAGGACAAAUGUUUCCAGUAUUGGCCUGAUCAAGGAUGCUGGACCUAUGGAAGCAUCCGGGUUUCUGUGGAGGACUGCAUAGUUCUUGUAGAUUACACCAUUCGAAAAUUUUGUAUUCAGCCGCAGGUUUCUGAUGGCUGUAAAGCUCCGAGACUUGUCACUCAGCUUCAUUUCACCAGCUGGCCUGAUUUUGGAGUGCCUUUUACACCUAUUGGAAUGCUUAAAUUCCUAAAGAAAGUCAAGUCAUUGAAUCCUGCACAUGCUGGACCAAUAGUGGUUCACUGUAGUGCUGGUGUGGGUCGUACAGGCACAUUCAUAGUAAUAGAUGCCAUGAUUGACAUGAUGCAUACUGAACAAAAAGUUGAUGUUUUCGAGUUUGUGUCAAGAAUUCGCAGCCAGCGUCCACAGAUGGUUCAAACGGAUAUGCAGUAUUCCUUCAUAUAUCAAGCCUUACUUGAAUACUACCUCUAUGGUGACACAGAACUAGAUGUAUCCUCCUUAGAAAAACAUCUGCAGCAAUCAAAUAGCACCACACCAAAUCUUGUUAAGAUAGGAUUGGAAGAAGAGUUUAAAAAAUUAACAAAUGUUCGAAUAAUGAAAGAAAAUAUGAGAACUGGUAAUCUGCCAGCAAAUAUGAAGAAAGCCAGAGUUAUCCAAAUAAUCCCUUAUGACUUUAACAGAGUGAUUCUUUCAAUGAAACGAGGUCAGGAGUACACAGAUUAUAUCAAUGCUUCCUUCAUAGAUGGCUAUCGCCAAAAGGACUACUUCAUUGCAACUCAAGGACCUCUUCCUCAUACUGUGGAAGACUUCUGGCGAAUGGUGUGGGAGUGGAAAUGCCACACCAUUGUUAUGCUUACAGAAGUUUUGGAAAGGGAGCAAGAAAAAUGUUUUCAGUAUUGGCUAUCAGAAGGUUCUGUUUCUUAUGGCGAGAUUACUAUUGAUAUUAAGAAUGACUUGCUUGUUGAUUCUAUAAGCAUAAGGGACUUUUUGAUUACACACAACCAGGAAAAGCAAAGCAGAGUUAUUCGACAGUUUCAUUUUCAUGGAUGGCCUGAGAUAGGCAUUCCGACUGAAGGGAAAGGUAUGAUUGAUCUCAUUGCAGCUGUUCAGAAACAGCAACAGCAGACAGGAAACCAUCCCAUUACAGUACACUGCAGUGCUGGAGCUGGAAGAACAGGUACAUUCAUAGCACUCAGCAAUAUUUUGGAACGAGUCAAAGCUGAGGGGCUCUUAGAUGUAUUUCAAGCUGUGAAGAGCUUACGGCUGCAAAGACCACAUAUGGUGCAAACACUGGAACAGUAUGAAUUCUGCUACAAAGUGGUACAAGAUUUCAUUGAUAUUUUUUCUGAUUAUGCCAAUUUCAAGUGAAAAUGCUUGCCAUUUUUUUAAUUUAAUCAUCUGUACAAAGAUUUGUAAAUCAUUAAUUUAUUUCCAUUUUUUUUAAAAAAAAUUCUAAAUGUACAUAUGAUUAUCUAUGUUUUGCUUUGAAUGUCUCUUCAGGUAUAUGUAUGACUCAAAUAAGCUUCUACCUUGAUCCAAAGGAGUAUGCACAGACUCUUUUCAUACAAUAAAAUAAACUUCUAGUCAGCUGUUUGGUGACAAAAGGAAAGAGCUGAUUUGUGGGAUUUUUGUAGAUUUGAAAGGACUUAACAUGUUCACCCCAGCUAGUUGAUAAGGAGGAAAGCUGUAUACGCAGAAUAUAGUUGCAUGUUGGACUACUCAUUCAGCUGAUGAAAUGAUGUGCAAAACCUGUGUCUGCAUGUGUAACAACCCUAUCUAGGUCAUGGCUUUGUGUUUUUGUUAGUUUUAAUUUUAAAUAACUGAUCCCCAUGUACAAAAUAUUGCAGUAUAUACUGCUGUGAAUACAGGCACAAUUCAGCCUAUGUUAGGCAUAUUUAAGACUCACUGAUUUCAGUAGGUUUAAUAAGCAUAUGCUUAAAUAUUUCCCAUUGAAAUUAAUGGGACUUCGAAUCCAGCUAAACAUUUGAAAGCACUGAUUCUGAAAUUAAACUGAGGUAGAUCUGAUCAGUGGCUUGGAUGACAGCCCACUUAUCACUCUGAGCCCAUGUAAGAGCAAAAUAUAUUAAUAGAACUUUAAAUCACCUUAAUUUUGGCUGAAUCUUUUCCAUAUUUUACCUAAAUGCAUGUAAAGUUGUGAUUCAUUAUCUCUAAUCUUAAGUUUGAAAUUAUAUAUUUUUAAUUUAUUGUAUAUAGUCCCUAAUAUUUAUAUAAAAAACAAAGUACAUUUUUAGAACUAAAAAAUCAUCCUGCUAUCAUUUAACAAUAUUUUAUUUAAAGCAAAUACCAUUUAAUGAUUACACCACAAAGAUACCAACCAGACUGAAAUGAAUAUGGGCUUUCUAUGAUAGACAGAUAGAAAAAAAAUUUUGAGUCUUCAUUUCAAUAAGAUUUAUAUCUGUUUCUUGUUUUAUUAUGUUGAUACUAUUGUGGUCAUUAAUGUAUUUUAUCCUAAUACAACAUCACUAAUACUAAUGUGGAGAAUUCACCAAGAUAGAUAAUAUAUAAAAUAUGCUAGAAUGUGAGAAUAUUCUAAAUAUUUAUUUUUAUUUUAUCAGUAUUAAUUAGAAUCAUUUGCCUCUUUGGUACUGUUUUGAUCUUUAUAGUUAAGCACAACUUGAAUAGAGAAGAACACAAAUCUUCCAUAAGCAACAACAUAAUAUAUCAUUUUAACUUUUUAAAAAAUGUAUAUUUUUAAAAAUAGGAUUUUAGGAAAUUCUGUUUUAAUGCAAGUUCUCAAUUAAUACCAUAGUGUAAAUAUGGAGUUUCUUAAAUUUAAUUAAGUAGUCUUAAAAUAUAAUUUUAAGCUAUCAUUUUAUUGAAUUAACAGAAAUUAUAUUUAACUUAUAAACCAGCUGAUCAAUAUUUGAUACUAUUUUGUAUCAAGAAAUUUUGUUUUGUUGUCAUAAAUAGCUAUAAAGCCAGAUAUUACAUUUAUAUAAAGAAAAUAUAUAUCUCUUUAGUAAGUAAUCUAAAUUAAUUCAUCACUUGAUAAAUUCUACUGAAGGUAAUAAAACUUAAUAAAUGGAUAUCAUUUUUAAGCUUAAUUGAAUGUCACAUAUUCAAUAUUCAUUUCACAGUAAAGCCCUUAAUUAUUUAAGUUCUUUUGGUAUCCGUGGCACAUGCUGUUAGUAAAAUAAUGAUCCCCUGCACCGUAUCCCCAAAUAUCCAGUUGCUCCUUAUCUUCAGAGUGCAAAAGCAUAAGUAUUCUUAUUUCUAUUGUAAUGUGGCCUACAUGAAUGGUAGAACUUAGAAGCAUCAUGUAGAUGCCAGAAUACCUACAGGUCUUCUGAUUGGGCUAUUCACGUGCAAACAGUCAUGUUGUCCAAAAGCACAAAACCCAAUCAUCUUGAUAGUACUUGUAUAGAAAUUGUUCCCUAUAGUUCCUUCUUACUGGCUGCUGCAAGAUUUCAAAGUUCUUACAACAGAAGAAACAUUUUCUUGAUACCAGCAAAGAGAAAUAGUAAUUCAGCUCUUUCAAAAACAAAAUAACGUAAGCCUGGAUUCAGUUAUGAUUAACUCCAAUGUUUUUAGGAAAUAACAGGGGCUGCUGGAAGAAGGAAGAGGACAAAUUAUUUUUAUACUCUCUACCUUAUAGUUUUUCACCCCCUCUGUUCCCAUGCAUUGUUUUAAAUUGUUCUGAAACAAUGUAGGGAAUAAUAUAAGAAUAAAAAUGGAGUUAUUCUUAAAAAUGUCCAGCCAUUCCUUCCUCUGUGGAGCAACUCAAAAAAAAUUUGCUCUGCGAAAGUGUGGAUCAUACGUCAAGACUGAACAAAACUAGAACGACAGUAAAGUAACAAAAUAGGCAGAAUUUUGUUUUCCCCUAUUUUAGAAGGUAUAUAUAUAUAUCUAAAAGCACAAACAUAAUUUAUAUAAAUUUAUAUACAAAUGUCUAUAUAAUAUGCAAUACAUCUGGCUUGUCUGGUUGUUUUAUGAAUUAUAAAUGCCUUAUUAAAAUUAUGUAGACUGCAAGAUGGUCUUUCUACUUUAGCUCUUGUUCUUUUUAAUUCUACAUAUAUUUAAAUUGUUUCUGAAAGGAAAAGAAAAGUGAAUACUUUUAAUAACCCAGAAAAUAACAAAAUGUCCAAAAUUUCCCUAUCAGGCCAAUUAUUUUUAAUUUCUAAACUAUUUAGGUUAGCAGUUUACAUACUGUUUUUAAGCACAACUGCAUAGAUGAAAAAAAAUCCUAUGUACACACAGUUGUAUUCACAUAAAGAAUCAUGCUUAUUUUAUGAAGUGACUGAUAUUAAAGAUUCUAACCUCAAAAGUUAUGUUGUUAAGAAAUAUUGAAUAAACUUUCUAUAUGAGUAUCUAAUAGAAUUCUAAAAAACUUUAGAAAAACAAAAUUUCCAGCUUGAUGUGGUGUAGACAAAAAUCCAUUGAGCCCAAAAGAUGAACAAUUUCCACAUAGUGCUUUGGAAAAUGCUUCUAGCAACCUUGGAAGUAUCAAACAUUUUCUGUGUGAGUUAAGUGGAAAUUAACUCUAGCAAUUUUUUUGUCCUGCCUGUUCUUCUGAAAGGGUCAUCUUGUGUAGAUUGGGGGGAGGAGGGUACUGACCUAAGAUUAACAUCAGGAAUUAUUUUAAGCAUCCUGAAAUCUUGAAUGAAAUAUAUGUCUUUUAGCUGUCUUGAUUCCUCAGUUCCUUCUUUGGAUCUUUCCAAAUAGCACCUUCAGAAUUUUAUAUAAAACAGUCACCAAUUUAAUUUACCUCAUAUCCCUUGAUAAAUCCAGACUACUACAACUGACUGGUGUUUAUUCAUCCAUGCCCAUUUAGGUAUUAGUAAUUAGAUAACAUUAUCAAUGCUAGUAAGAGUGCUAGUAAGGCUAACUUACUACCAUUGAUAGUAUCAUUAAACACAUUUUGUGUUUAAAUUACCCAUCAAAAACCAAGAAAAAUCCUUCAUGUUGUAGAAAUAUGCCUCAUUGUUAAAAAAAGAAGAAGGAGAACUAUGUUGUUCUAUAAAAUAAUAUAGAAACGAAAUCUGUCAAAAUGCAAACUCUGUCAAAAAUGCACAAAAGGUCCAUGAAUGAAAUGAUUUCAACAGAGGAGACUUCCAUAGUUCAGGAUUGAACUGUGGAGUCCUUGAUGCUCUCUGAGCUUAGUUGUUUGCAGACAUUUCAUUCUAGAAGGUAACAUCUUCAGUGCUAGAAGGGAGUAGAGUUUCUCUGUUUAUUUACAGAAGCUUACCAGAUCAGUGUUGGUGGCAGUAUUGUUUUUUCCCCUUGUAGUUCUUUGAUUAGGCUACCAACUGACUGAGUUGGUAGUUCCUUGAUUAAGGUAUUUUUUUAUUGCUUGAUUGUUUGUCUGAUUUUAAUCCUGGUGUUUAUCCCUGCUGAUUGUUACUGAGGAGGUGUUCUGGUCUUUUUGAUUCUUUUUUUCGCUUUUUUAUUGCCUCUUUUGAAUGGUAUGAAAACUACUGUAUAUAAAUAGAGUAAAUUCCACUUAUUCUAGAACUGAAGCUGUUAUCUAGUAAUGUAAGAAAAUGUCUGCAAGCAAACAGCCAAGGUCAGAGAAAUUCAGAAAACAGAAUACUUGGAGCUGGUGCAAUAUAAUUAGUAAUUCAAAAUAUAAGUCUAAAUAGUCUCUUCCUAACGUAUAAAAUUUAUUUUGCAAUAGCUGACUUUAAAUAAUUAUGUUGGAUUCCAUGAGAAAAAAACCAGAAUACCCAACAUAAUCUGUUUCUUGGAUAUUGUUCAGACUAUUUGGUUCCGUGUAAUUCCAUUUGAUACCAAUAUUUGUUCUGUGUAUAAAAAUUUUAAUCUGAAUCUAGCAAUACAGAUAGUCCUGGACUUACAGCCAUAAUUGAGCCCAAAAUUUCUGUUGUUAAGUGAGACAUUCUUGCCGAAGUUGUUAAGUGAAUCACUGCUGUUGUUAAGCUAGUAGUAAGUUGUUA